UUGCACUUUCCGUCCUUUUCCCGAACGUUUUAUUGAUAUAAUGUCUGCCCCUAGUGCUGAGGAAAUCGCAAAAGCAGCCAAGGCUGCGUUCGACCGAUCCCAAUUGGUCCCUUCGACCGAGCGAAUUACUGCCCUUGAAGCCAUUCACAAACAACUGCAAGCCCACAAGGACGAAAUUCUUGCUGCCAAUGUGGAGGAUCUCAAGGCUGCCCAAGAAGAAGUCAAUGCAGGUCGGAUGUCUGAAUCCAUGUUGAAGCGAUUGGAUUUGGGUCGAGGAGACAAGUGGGAUUCCAUGUUACAAGGUAUCCUCGACGUUUCCGCCUUGCCAGAUCCCACCGGUAUUGUCAACUAUGCCUCUGAACUCGACGAUGGCCUCGAGCUUUACCGCGUCUCCUGCCCCAUUGGCGUGCUUCUUGUUAUCUUUGAGGCUCGGCCUGAAGUCGUUGUUAAUAUUGCCACUUUGGCUAUCAAAUCUGGAAACGCUGCGAUCCUCAAGGGUGGCAAGGAAUCCAACCGCACGACUGUCCUCCUGUCCAAAGCCAUCUCCGCCGGUCUAGCCCAAACCGCCCUUCCCGAAACCUACAUCCAGACCAUCCAAACCCGCGCCGAGGUAUCGUCCCUGUUGGCGAUGGACAGAUACAUUGACUUGGUCAUUCCCCGAGGAAGCAACAGCCUCGUUCGCAACAUCCAGAACAAUACGCGAAUCCCUGUUAUGGGGCACGCUGAUGGAUUGUGCUCUGUGUUCCUCGACGAGAGUGCAGAUGUGGACAAGGCGGUUAGGAUCGUUGUUGACUCCAAGACGGACUACCCUUCAGCAUGCAAUGCACUGGAGACUUUGAUCCUUCAUGAAGCUAUCCUCUCGACUGUGUGGCCCAAGGUCGCCGAAGGUCUUUUCAAUGCGGGUGUCAAGCUGUUGGUGGAUGAGCCCAGUUUGGCUGCACUCAAGGCCUCGAACGUCACCAUCCCCGAGUCUCAAAUCGCCCCUGCAGACGAUGAGGCUUACAACACCGAGCAUCUCUCUUUGACUGCCGCCGUCAAGACCGUUCCCUCCGUCUCGGCUGCCAUCGCAUGGAUAAACGAGCACUCAUCCCAUCACACCGAUUCCAUUGUCACUGAAUCGGACGAAAACGCUACCACCUUCUGCAAGGGUGUAGACUCGGCUGGAACCUAUGUCAACGCCAGCACUCGUUUCGCCGACGGCUUCAGAUAUGGAUUUGGCACCGAAGUGGGUAUCAGCACUGGUCGCAUUCACGCACGAGGACCCGUCGGACUCGAGGGUCUCGUCACCUACAAGUACAUGAUGAAGAGCAAGGCAGACAAGGGACAUAUCGUGGGCGAGUUUGGAUCGAAUAAAAAGCAGUACAAGCAUGCGAGGAUAAACGCGACGUCAGUUCCGUUCUAAAAGUAGGGCGUGGAGGUCAUAAAAUCAAGUCGUUACUUCGGUAACCACGGACAUGCUGCGGUCAGUGCUUGCGAGGUGGUCGUUAUGUAUGAAUAUCUAUGUGUUGUAAGAUAGCGGAAAUUUAAAAGGAACAGUGUGU